AUGUCUCUCGAGAAUAACUUGACAUUGUCCAUUCUGGCCAAAGCCGAAAAUGAAGGCUAUGGCAUCCUCGCUCAAGCAUGCUAUGAUGCAAGUAUGGCUGUGGGUCUUGUUCGAGCAGCUGAGAGAGCUCGAUCACCUGCCAUUCUGCAAAUCUUCCCUAUUACUCUGGAAUACGCAGGUGCUCCCUUCCUCCGCUUCUUGGUCGACUUAGCUCAUUCGGCGUCUGUUCCGGUUUCUGUUCACUUGGAUCACGCCACCACGGCUGAAGCUCUUGAAGUCGCCAUCGGAUUAGCAGAGAAACAAGGUAUAAAAUUCGACAGUAUCAUGGUCGACGCCUCGCAUGCAGACACCGAUGAAGAAAACAUCUCGAUCGCUGUACCGUUUAUCAAGCGAUGUAACGCCCAAGGAAUUUCCACCGAAGUGGAGCUCGGUAGAUUGGAAGGCGGAGAAGCUGGUGUUAGGGAGAUAACUGGAGAAAUGUUGACGGAUCCAUCCAAAGCCGAAGUCUUCAUGAAGCAGACCGGUGCGAACAUUCUCGCUCCUUGUGUUGGUAAUCGACAUGGAAGCUACAAAACCUUUGGAGGUCCUCAAUGGAAAAUGGAUCUCCUAGAAACACUCUGCAAGCAGUUUAAAGGCCGCGUGCCGAUUUGUGCCCACGGUACCGACGAACUCCCUGAACACUAUUGGACGGAUAUGAUCAAGCUCGGAGUUACAAAGAUCAAUGUCAACUCGUGGUGCCGAGAUCCAUACGCUGCCAAACUUUCGUCUGGCCUGGCUUCCAAGCCUUUCCCCGAGGCUCAAGAAGAAGCGACAGAGCACUUCGCAAAGGAAUGUGAAAAGUGGAUGAAGCUGUUUGGGAGUGCUGGGAAAGCCUAG